AUGGGUUUGAAAGAUGAGGAGAAGAAAGAUGGAGAGUCUUCAGAAGAGCCAACAGGACAAGGGUUAAGCAGAAAGAACAGCCACGGUUCUUUGUCAGGAUACUCCGAUGAAAAUGAAGACGAAGACAAAAAGCCUGAAAUUGGUCCCAUGAUCGCUCUCAAAGAACAGCUCGAGAAAGACAAGGAUGAUGAAAGCUUGAGGAGAUGGAAAGAACAACUUCUAGGCAGCGUCGAUCUCGAGGAGGUCGGAGAGACUCCGGAUCCCGUGGUAAAGAUAUUGACCUUAACAAUUAGGUCACCGGAUAGAGAAGACAUGGUAUUGACAAUCCCCGAAAACGGAAAACCGACAUCGAAAGGACCAUGGUUCACUCUCAAAGAAGGCUCUAAAUACACUCUUGUCUUCACUUUCCGUGUGACCAACAACAUUGUGUCUGGCCUCCAAUACAGCAAUACGGUUUGGAAGACCGGAAUCAAAGUGUAUAGUAGAAAGGAAAUGUUAGGAACGUAUAGUCCACAAGCGGAGCCGUACAAUCAUGUCAUGUUUGAGGAAUCGACGCCGUCUGGUAUGCUUGUUAGAGGCUCCUAUUCCGUUAAAUCAAAGUUUGUCGAUGACGAUAACAAGUGCUACUUGGAGAACAACUACACCUUCGAUAUUCGCAAGAAUUGGCUAGCCUCCGCCGCAGCCGUAGUGGGCUCCGGUGGUAGCUGCCGACAUCCACCGUCACAAAACAGCUGCAAGACAUGCAUGGCCGAGCAGAUGAAAUACGACUGUCCUAAGUGCGUGCCGGUGCUCCGAUGCAUGGCUCGUUGCCUUUGGGGAGGUGUGUCUCAGAGGAAGUGCAUCACCACAUGCGGCUGCGACGCCGUGGCCAAGCCGUCGCUGGUGGAGUGUAAACGCUGCGUUUCGAGGUGUAAGUGUAGUUGUGCGGCUUAA